GUCCGGGAGCUCCUGUCCGUGCACAACAUCGGCCAGCGGCUGUUCGCGAAGUAUGUGCUCGGGUUAUCGCAGGGAACCGUGUCGGAGUUGCUGUCGAAACCGAAACCCUGGGAUAAGCUGACGGAGAAGGGACGCGAUAGCUACCGGAAGAUGCAUGCCUGGGCUUGUGACGAGAAUGCCAUCAUGCUGCUCAAAUCGCUCAUCCCCAAGAAAGGUGCAGAACCGGGAAUGCCAUCGUACGGACGACCGGACGGGGAUCUCAGCGAUGACCGGAUCCAUCACAUACUCUCGGAGGCUUCGAUGAUGAAGCGCGGUCCCAAUGGUGAUCAACAAUCGCAGGCGGCGCAACAACAGCAACAUCAACAGCAACAAGCACACCAUCAGCAGCAUAUGCGAGAGCAGAUGCAGCUGCAGCAGCAGCAACUGCAGCAGUUGCAUCUUAGCGGAUUGGAUGAUUCGACGCAACAUAGCGACAAUGACUCCAAAUCGCCGCACGGUCGUGACGUCCAUUCGCCCUUCUCCAAAGACUAUCUCAGUGGGCGCAGUGGAAGUGGCGGCGGUGGCAGCGUCGGUGGCAAUGUGGUCGGUGGUCGUGGACCCAAGAAGUACGACACGGACGAUAUGCCACAGGACAAGAUCUCGAAGAUCUAUCAGGAGGAGUUCUCCAAAUUGAUGCGCAGUCCGCGCGAGUUUCCAAAUCUGCUCUUUCCUCACAUUCUCAGCGGUGGUGGUAUGCCUCCGAUGGAUCGUCUUGCCGAUGACAACAUCCGGAUGGCGCUCGAAGCGUACCAUCGGGAGCUGGCGAAGCUGCAACAGAAUGCGAGCGCCGGCAUUCCCAGCUUACCGAACAUGUCCAACCUUCCGAGCUUCCUUGCCCUUCAGCAUCAGUACCAGCAGCAGCAGCAGCAGCAGCAACAGCAACAGCAACAUCACCAAUCGCCAUCGCAGCAAUCAUCGCCAGCACCACCACAGCAGCCAUUGACUCCAUCAUCACAGCAACAAUCAUCACAGCAGGCGGCGGCGGCGCCAGGAACCCAGCAACCGGGAGUUACCGGACUGAACGGUGGUUCUGCUCAGGACCUUUCGCUGCCAAAGGAGAAACAAUCGAGUGGUGCCGGUUCGGUGAAGUUGAACGGUACGAUUUCCGACACGGAAUCCGAUGCGGAUCUGAGUCAGAAGGAGCUGGACGAUAGUCUGAAGCACAGUGCGUUCAGUCUGGUCAAACCGAAGCCCUCGGAAGCGUCCGGGCUGUGUACACCGACGACGACGACCUCGUCGGCACCGAGCCCCAUCAGCAACAGCAUCCUGCCACCGACGAUUGCCGGACCGACGGAUGAUUUCGUGUCCGCUAGUCCACUCCAGCGGAUGGCAUCGAUCACGAACUCGCUGAUUACGCAACCACCCGUUACACCCCAUCACACGACCCAGCAGCGUCCCCUGAAAGCCAUCCUGCCACCGAUUACCCAGCAACAGUUUGACCUCUACAAUAACCUCAACACCGAGGAUAUUGUGCGGCGUGUCAAGGAAUCCCUCUCGCAGUACUCGAUCAGCCAACGGUUGUUCGGUGAAUCGGUGCUCGGUUUGUCGCAGGGUUCGGUCAGUGAUCUGCUCGCUCGCCCGAAACCGUGGCACAUGUUGACGCAGAAGGGUCGGGAACCGUUCAUUCGCAUGAAGAUGUUCCUCGAGGAUGAGAACGCCGUACACAAGCUAGUCGCCAGUCAGUACAAGAUCGCACCGGAAAAGCUGAUGCGUACCGGCAACUACAGCGGAACGCCACAGCUCCCGGCCAUGCUCCAGAAGCAGAUGCCACCGAUGCCCAAGAUGUUGAGCGAUUCGAUCAACAAACUGCAGCAGGAUCAGAAGACGCUGCUCCAGCUACAGAUCUCGCAGAUGCAGCAACAGCUACCGCAGGCGCAGCAGGCCGCAGCUGCACAGCAUCAGCAUCAACUGGCGGCAGCGGCCGCGGCGGCUGCAGCAGCAGCAGCGGCAGCCCAUCAUGCCGCUCAGGUGCAGGAACAACAGCAACGUAGUCAGCAACAGCAGCAGCAGCCACAGUCGAUGAGUACAUCGCAACCAUCGCCUCUCGGUAUGAGUGGUGGUGGUUCCCAACGGCCACAACAACCAUCCCCGCAGACCAUGCUGCUAACUCCCCCUGGAAUACCGCCACAGCAUGCCAUUGCACUGCAAAGUGGUGCGGCCACGGUAGGUCAGCAGCAGUCGGAUAAGAAGCAACCGGGCAUCAUGAUGCCAAUCCAUUCGCCGGGGCCGCAACAACACCGGGAACAGCAUCCAACUCCGGGGCCACCAACGAACGAGCGACCGGUCAGUGCGGGGGGACCACCGGUACCGGGUCUCAAUUCGAUGCGCGGUUCAAUGCAUCAGCACAUCUCACCGACGGUCUACGAGAUGGCAGCGUUAACGCAGGACCUCGACACGCAGGUCAUUACCACCAAAAUCAAAGAGGCACUGUUGGCCAACAACAUCGGUCAGAAGAUCUUCGGUGAGGCCGUGCUCGGUCUCUCCCAGGGUUCCGUCUCGGAGCUACUCUCCAAACCGAAACCCUGGCACAUGCUCAGCAUUAAGGGCCGCGAACCGUUCAUCCGGAUGCAGCUUUGGCUCUCGGAUGCCAACAACGUCGAACGGUUGCAGACGCUGAAGAACGAACGUCGCGAAGCCAGCAAACGUCGACGAUCGACUGGACCAGGCGGUGCGCAGGAUAACAGUUCCGAUACCAGCAGUAACGAUACAUCGGAAUUCUAUCACUCCAACUCGCCCGGACCGGGUUCCGUCGGUUCGGGUGCAUCAGCGGCCCCACCAAACAAAAAGCAACGUGUCCUGUUCUCCGAGGAGCAAAAGGAAGCACUCCGGCUAGCGUUCGCUCUCGAUCCGUACCCGAACGUGCAGACGAUCGAGUUUCUGGCCGGUGAGCUUGGCCUUUCGACGCGCACCAUCACCAACUGGUUCCACAAUCAUCGGAUGCGGCUGAAGCAGCAGGUCCCCCACGGCCAACCCUCGGAACCGAUUCCAUCGCGCGAAAACCAAUCCGGUGCACCGUUCGAUCCGGUCCAGUUCCGGGUGUUGCUGAGCCAGCGGUUGAUGGAGUUGCAGAAGGAACGGUUAGGCUUGUCCGGUAUGCCGCUCCCCUAUCCGCCUUACUUUGCUGCGGCCGCUGCAGCCGCCAAUCCCACCAAUCUGGCCGCGUUGAUCGCGGGACGGGCUGGCUUUCUACCGGGUGAAGCCGAUCUGGCCGCACUGAACAAGGCCGUCAGUGAGCAAAUGUCGGGGUUGGAUCUUUCGAUGCCCUCGAACCUGAAACGGGAAGGGGAUGACGAUUACGAGGAGGAUGCCGAUCACGAUGAGGAAGGUGGUAGCCAUAUGAGCGACUCCGAGUCGAUGGAUGGUAGCAAAGGACGAGGAUCGAGUCAUGAUCAGGAUGAGCAUGACUACAAGACCGGCGGCGGUGUUGGUGGUGGUGGCGGUGGCAUCGGUGUUCCUGGUACACCGCUUUCCCUGGCCAGUCUGCAGGCGAUGUCACGCAUCAGUCGCCGCAAACCGGCCGCCCCUCAGUGGGUCAAUCCGGAUUGGCAGGAUGGUCAAGGUCAGGACAAGAGUGGCAAGAACAUUCCUCCGAUCGGCGGUGGUGUUGGUGUUGGUAAGCCGUCGGAUGCGGCCGAUGCCAUCAUUAAUGGUGUCUGUGUACUGCAGCCACCGGAUGGUGUGCCAUCGGUGCAGCAACGAUUUGCUGCGGCGAUGGCCGCGGCAGCAGCAGCCGCCGUUGCAGCGGCCAACAACAGCGUGCCAACGGGCGUCGGUCCGUCGUCGGUUCAUCAUCUCGUCGGUGCCGACGAUGCGAUGCCGAGUGACGAUGAAGGCGAUGGUGACGGUGAUUGCGGUGAUGAUGCCAAAUCCAACUCCUCCUCCAAACACCACGAUCUAGAGGAUCAUCAUCGAGGAUCUUCCGUCGAUCGUGGUACUGGAUCACCGGCACACCGUGGCGAUCAGCCCGGACAUCCGGAUUCCGGCGAUCUACUGGAGCAGCAGGUGAGCAGCAAGCAGCAGCAGGAUAGCAAUGGUAGCCGAUCGGCUGCGGCCAGUCCGGUGGCUAGUGAGGGCAGUCAGGUGGCCGUUAAAAAGGAGAUCGUCGAGGAUAAUGGUGGUGAUCGGUGGGAGUACUGAGCGCACUGAGGCGUCAAGGAAGCUUAGAGGUUAGGGGCGCUAAAGUGGCGUGGUUUUAAACCGCACCCCAAAGAGAGAUAGAGAGAGGCCACAGGGUGAUCUUCAAAUCAGUGCAAUCAAAAAAAAAACUCGAAAUGACCGAACCCCUCUCCCGCCCCGCCCCAAAACAAACACCCAAAUUCAAUUCCAGAACAGCGAACAGCGGCCUAUGUGAUGUGUUCUAAACGUCUUUUUUGUCUUUCUGUUUUACUUUUUUGUUUCCCUUUUUGUUUCGCUGCCAGCUUCCUGAAGGGGUGCUUAAGCUCUGCUGAUUACUCUGUUUGUACAAAAUGAGGAUAAGGUGGUCUCGUCAGCAACGAGCCACCAGCGUCGUGUAAAUAGUUUCCCCUCUCCAAUGUCUUUUUUCUCUAUGUUCAUCUCACUUUACUUGUUUCACUGUUUCCCUGUGUUUACUUUUUGCGUACUCCUCUCGCUAAGUACUGCUACCUUUUUUACUUCUAUCAAGUGUAUAAGAAGACUGUUAAUGGCAAGGUUUUAAAAACAAAAUAGAAAGAAGAGGUCCGAGGUCGGGUGGUCGGUAGGCGGAUAGUAGAAGUUAAGGCGAGAAGAUGCAGACAUACAAAGAGCAAAAAGAAAAAAGAAAACGAAAAGAGCAAAUGAAGCAAACAAACAAAUGUAGCAAGUGUGUAAGUAGGUGGUUAAGGAUCGAAUUAUUUAAACGUAAACGCAGCGUGUAGGCUUAUGAGUUAUCACUAGUACGUACUAGUUUCAAGUUAAACUUCUUUCCUUUCUUGCCCCAAAUAUUUUAAACAGACAGUCUCUCG